AACAUCGAAGGGGAAAAAUUAUCAAACGGACGAAGCUUGAGAAGGACGAGGCCAGACGAGCAGAAGAGAACAGCAGACAGAGCGAUUAGGGAGACAGAAGGGACCGAACGAGCGACCGUUGCGGAAGGGAACCAGCAUCAGUGGGUGACGUUCGCUCUCCUGAGCAGAAUCCCGCUGUCUGAGCAUUAUUAUUCAACCCGAAAUCUUUCGACCUACGCUGGGCCCCUGAGACGAAAUCAGGCCAUCACGGACGGUUUCAAAUCUCCGGGUCGUCCGGAACCAGUCUAAUUAUAAUAUAACUCGAGCUUGUGUUGCGGGCAUCCUUCUUCACUCUCGUCGGUUGAUUAUUCGCGCUUUGUUGUCCAUAUCGUCUUGAUAUCUUCAUGAUGCCCGCCCGAACGUUACCCAUCUUCACUGCGGAGGAGAUCAAGCAGCAUACAUCCGCAAAGUCUUGUUAUGUCCUGCGCGGCCCGAAGGUCUACGAUGUCACCUCCUUUGUCGAUGACCACCCUGGUGGCGGAGAUUUGAUACUUGACUAUGCCGGCAAAGAUGUUGAUGAGAUCAUGGGCGACAUCGUCUCGCAUCACCAUAGUGAAGCUGCAUAUGAGAUCUUGGAUGAAUGUCUUGUUGGCUUCCUCGAGAAAUCACAUGCAAACGGGUCAAAGGGUCUUCUGAACGGCUCAGGCGCUAAACUUACAAAACCUGUCUACAAGUCUACUGGCCUCUCCAGUGAGGAAGAUCUCAGUGUUGAAACUGACAUUGUGUCUGACUAUAAAACGCACAAGUUCCUCGAUCUUAGCAAACCCUUGUUGAUGCAGCUAUGGAAUGGCGGGUUUUCCAAGAAAUUUUACCUUGACCAAGUCCACCGGCCACGGCACUACAUGGGUGGUGAUUCUGCACCCCUGUUCGGAAACUUUCUAGAACCGCUCAGCAAGACUGCCUGGUGGGUAGUGCCAACUCUGUGGCUGCCAUGCGUUGCGUAUGGGACAUUCCUGGGCAUGAGCGGUAUUGCAGUUGGUACUGGUGCCUUAUACUGGAUCGGAGGCCUUUUUCUAUGGUCCUUGAUUGAAUAUGGCAUGCAUAGGUGUCUCUUCCAUAUAGACGACUACCUCCCGGACAACCGAGUUGCUUUGUGUCUCCAUUUUCUGCUUCAUGGCAUUCAUCACUAUCUCCCCAUGGACAAAUACCGCCUCGUCAUGCCGCCUACACUAUUUAUGGUCCUAGCUACACCAUACUGGAAAGUCGCGCACUUCGUUUUUUCUUACAACUGGUAUGCUGCCACUUUGGUCUUCUCUGGCGGUGUAUUUGGAUAUAUCUGCUAUGACUUGACUCACUACUUUUUACAUCACCGAAAGUAUGUAUCACUAUAACCCUAUCUGCUUAACGGCAGAUCAACUUAUACUGACAUCUAUCUGCUAGUCUCCCGUACUACUACAAGGAACUAAAGAAGUACCACCUCCAACACCAUUUUGCCGACUACGAGAACGGAUUCGGUGUCACCAGCCGGUUCUGGGACAAGGUGUUUGGCACGGAACUCCCACCUCUCGCUCCCGCAAAGAUUGAGUAGAACUGUACCCAUCUAUAUACCCACUGCUCUUCGUGGGCUGUAUAAAAUACCACAUUCUCCUCACUUCCUUUACUAAGCCAUUUAAUUCUUCUGCAUUCACUCUUAUUCACCCUUCUUGUUUUUUGUCUUCAAGAAAUGGCCAGCUACUGUAUAAUGUCUUAUUGCCCAUGCCCCCAAACAGAAAGUCAAUUACUUACUUUUUACAUCAACUUCCCCCCUUUUUUGCUUCUUCCUAUUGUUGGUUCCCUUUUUGUUUGAAACAAGAGACACAUACCCUUCUAUUUAAUGUAUGAACUAUUACUUAACUUUAAUUGUCAAGAGAAAUGAAGACACUAUCGAGUGUCAUGGCUUCGUCAGUGUUAAUGUUCUGACACGACGAAUCCAUAUACAAAGAUACUAGUCUGUGACUGCCUUGUUAGAUUAUCAAUUGACCACGGUAAUCAACUAGCUCAUUGUCCAAUCCUUUUAAUUGCUAACACCAAAUUAGUCAACGACAAGCUGUUCUAAUUGUUAAUAGCCUCGGACUUUUGAUAGCGUACAAGGCCCUCAAUUGUCUCCCUGGGAAUAACUAUACCCAAGCCAACUUAUAUAAGGAACUCUAUUCACAACGAGAGUGAGACAUGCGUCGCAGGAUCCCAAUUGAGACAGCUGUGAAUAAUGAACUCGCUCACACCUAUCCGUGGUUUUUCUACAAUACUACAUGAGUCUGAUGCAGCUUCGUCUUCUCUUAUUCCCAAGAACGGGUGUCCAAGCCCCGUGUGUUUUAAAACACCGGUUGCGUUUGUCAACCCCUGCGCUCCCAUGGCCAGAGAUCCGCACACUAAAUAAACCCUUCAUUGCCAUAGAUUCCCUGCCUCCCUUAACAAUAGUAACCUUGAAACGACACGGAGGCUGCCCUUGACAUUGAUCAGACAAGCUUUUGAAGAGGAUCUGAGAGCCAUUGUUAAGCCAUAGGUGAUAUUGAUUUACUCAAGUAUCCUAGGUUAUUAAAAUAACCCGGAUGGCAUCUUGAGGCAAUUUAGCACCAUAAGAAAAAUGCGACUCGUCUUUUGGCAUUUAUUCCAAUACUACUACAACUAACAACAAGGAGCACAUUUCGUCCUAAGACAAAAUACGCAAUUCUAUACCAAUACCAUUUCCCAGAUAUUGCUCGACUGUGAUACCCAGAAGCCCUGGUUCCACCUAGAAGCAGCGUCUAUUUCUCACUCCAUGAGGGAAUUAUGAUACCGAAAUGCAUAUUUCACUAGGUCAACUCACUUAGAAUCUACAGCUUUAUGCUGGGAAGUUGUUCAAUGGCCAUGCUGCAGUUAGGACAGCAGCUGCGUGGAUCACAUGCUAAUGAAGUAAUUGUGUGAGAAUUAAUAUACUGACUUGGUGUUGAGACAAGUACCCAAGGUCACUGAUAAUGUCCGAUGGAGGUCCUUGAAAUCAAAUCCGAGGUGUCUAAGUGCAUACGAUGCCUGCUCAGAACCAUGCAGUUGUAAGCAAAGAAUGCUAGGGUCGACCUCCUAGCAUGAUUUUCUAGCUGCUUGCUGCUUAUGAAUAUUGGGGAAAUUAUGAAACAGGGUCUACGGGCUUCGGAUGGUAACUGAAACGGGGAACCCCGCAGUUGGCGAUGCUAUGCACACCUCUGCCAACAUGUUGACCUCCGGGGCAACCUCAAAGAGUCACUGGAGAAGUUUAUGACACAAUGGCUAAUAAACGGGAGGAAGAAAUGGGGAAAGAAUCUACUGACAGUUGGGAUGCCAAUAAUUAUGGUAACAUCUGGAGUAUAGUCUCCAUGCUUGACCCUUCGAGUAAACACCUAGGCAACAACUAUGCUAUGACCUGGGUGAUUCUAAUGAUUCAUAAGUCAGAAGUCGAGGGGUAUUGGCAUGCGAACUAGCGGCCAAUUUCAGCACCUUAUUUUAACGUUAGAUUGACAUUUAUAUGAUCUAUAUGCAGGUUGUACGUCCAGGAAUGCAGUCAUCUGCUGCUGCAUCAAGUCGUCGGCUGUCUAGUUUAUCAGUUUGGCCCUCAAUUUGUCUCUACUCCACAAGCCAUGAUGUAGCGUUGGAUCUGCUACACGGUCUACAGAGCAUCUUGCUCUUCGUCGUUAAACAAGAAUGGACCAUAGUACCCAAUGCUAGCCAUAGGUUAUCUUGUUAGUGACCGAGUGGACGCUUCGCCUUGCGACAGUUUACAAAUCUUCCAAGUCAAUACUCAAUGCUUUGCGCACCGUAUCUAUGGAUAAUAAUGGAAAUUCCAUC